AUGGUGGAGACACAUAUUCCGUCGCUUGCAGAGGAUCAGGAUGUGCACAUCCAAUCAUGCCUACGAUACCCACCGUCGACGCCACACCUCAACGCAUUCGGUCUGGUGAUCAACAACUCGCCAACCAAUUCAGGUCGAGGCGUCUACGCUUCUCGAGAAAUCGCUUCGGAAACGCUGAUCGAGAUCAGCCCUGUCCUCCUCUUUCCGCCCGAAGAGUAUCACGAAUUCGGAAGCAAAACUCAACUUGACGGCUACACGUUCAUAUGGAAACGCACCAGCAAUCGCAGAGCCAUCAUGGCGCUCGCAUUGGGUCUGGGCAGUCUGUUCAACCACUCCAAGAGUCCAAAUGUGAAGUGGACGUUGGAUCAUUCAUCGCACUCGAUACGGUAUGAGACGGUGAGGAGGGUCGAGGAAGGCGAAGAGUUGUGUAUCUCAUACGGGACGGGGAGGAUGUGGUGGGAACCAGAGCUGACGGCAGAGGAAAGGGAAAGAGAAGAAACUGAGAGGAUCCGAAGCGAGGAUGUGAUACAAGAGGCGUUGCAGAUGGGAAGGAUUGGUUUCUCUGAUGAGCAAGUCGAGUCGGAGCAAGUUUCCGCAACCGAGGCUUCUCUCUCACCAAAAGAGAAGCGCCAAAGCGUCAGCAACGGUGUUGAUCUCGAGCUCAUGCAGAAAGCGGAUCGCAGUCAAUCACAGCGCCACUUCCCACCCAUGUACCGGCUGACUUGCGCCAUCGACCCGGCCACUCUUCCUCUGGCCACUCGAGACGCAUGGAUCAUCGACAUCGCACCCACAUCCGCUUCGCUCGCGGUCAAGUUCCUACAGAAACAGCCUGCAGUCCUGCAGAACCGCGACGACGGUCGACACUCGACUCGUCAUCUGCGAUCUUUUCGAACCACCUCGGAUGCGAAAACCAAGCUGUCUCGAACCCAAUUUCUGCUCUGCUUGCGAACCGCGUUUCCAGACCGCACCACCCUCGUCCAAUGGCUCUCUGAAAAAGCGGAGGGCAUCUUUGGUGAGCCUCCAGAGCCGUACUUGGCACCGGUACCUGUGAUCGCUGCACCGACAAAGCAGAGAUUGGCCGAAUGGCAGGCGGUUUGGCCGUGCAUUGUGCGGACGAACCCCAAAGAGCUCGUGCCAGCCAACGGCGGUGAUGGUGUAACGGCACCGGUGUUGCUCAUUGAUCGGCAGAAGGAUGCAGCCAUGUGGACGCAGGAUCGUGUCAGGCUGCGGUGGGCAUUGAACCGGUUCAAGCGCGUGGUGGCACUGGCGAGGCAUGCGCUGUCUCUGAGCGAUGAGCAAGCCAAGAGACGGGCGAUCGGUUCGGCGGUGCAUGUCACACACGCUUUCGAUGUAGCCAAGCGCAUGGUUCCGUCCGAGCAGAGCAUGUCAUGGAUCGAGCGAGAGGAGAUGUGUGACUGGUCGCAAUUGACUGGACCUACCGCCCCCUUGGUGGGUCGUAUCCAGCCACUACCAAGCGCGCGCACAUGCAGCUCGAGUGACAGCCAAGAUGAGUACAACGUGGAGAAAGUGCGUCUGCUCGACAGCUUGGCAAUGAGCGCUCAAGACUAUGCGCAAUUGCACGCGACGUCACGAGCUGUCUACACGUCUAACUCUACCAGUGUCACGGGGACGAUUGAGGUGGAUGCGCUGGAUCAACGUAUUUUGCGACGCAACCCUCUCAAGCACGGCGUGAUCGAAGCCAUCGCGCGCGUGUCGGUACUGCGAACUCUGGAUCGCGUAUUGCCCUCGACUGACACAUCCACCAACGGCAGCGACUACCUGCUCACCUCGCUAUCUCUAUUCUCGCUCUACGAACCGUGUGUAUACUGCACCAUGGCUCUCGUUCAUUCGCGCGUAUCUGAAGUGUACUUCCUCCUCCCUUCGCCCGGCCGUGGCGCGUGCUCCGGCGCACACCUCCCCGACGCUGCCAAAUGCGACGCCGGCCACAACGGCGGCAUCUACGCUUUGCAGGAACAGAAAGGCUUAAACCACUCUUUCGCCGUCUGGCAAUGCAUGCUCCACCACCUCCAGCUACCCGAUCUUCCAUACCAACCCUCCACCGAGUCGCUCCACCAUCUGGCACACGAAUUCGACAUCGGUCUUCUCGAUCCUUGA